GAGGGAAGAGAGGAAAGAAAAAAAAAAACAUUACAGUUCGACCAUUCACUUAAUUCAUACCUCACCUCAUCCUCAUACCUAAAACCUUACUAAUAAACCUGGAAACUUUAUUAUCUUUCACUUCACUCAUUCACUACCGUAUUCUUACUAUUCUUACUAUUCUUAUUUUUAUCUUACCUCACUCACUACACGACACCUAUUUACUACUAUCACCUUACCUCUCACUACCUACCUACUACCAAAAUACUACGCCUCCACCACCACCUCCAUCCUCCUCCGCCUCUCCUCCAUUUCAUUUUCCUCUUUUUUUAACCUUUUCAUCAACCUCCACCACCCACCACUACUACCACCCACUCCUCAAAAUUACCUCCUACAUCUCACCAAAUCGACGACCACCAACAGACCCAGGUCAUCAACCUAGUCGUCGACCUCCUUUCGUUAUUUUCUCUCUUCUUCCGACAAUCUCCUCGUCGUCAUUUCCAUCUCUUUUCGCAGAGAUACAUUUUCCCUCGUUUAUCAACAAAAAAAAUCCCUCGUGAGCUGGAUCUACGAAAUUACUUACGGUCGCUAAUCAUUCCAAGUCUGUCAAUGAUUCAAUAAUAGAAUCUUUGUCGGCCUUUUUGGAGUUUGGAAGAAAGAAACAGUGACGAAACCAUUCCUCAUUCACCCAUUACGAUAUUUACCAACACGAUCAAUCAAUUGAAUUAUCCCAUCGAAAGAAGGUCAUAUACAAAGGGGUUGCGAUCAAGGGAAACAUUGAACCAAGGAAACACACAAUUCAUCACUCAGUACAAGGCUUCCUCUCUGCACAAUAAAAAGGCUUCGGGUGUUACGGACUUCAUUCUUCUUACAUUAAAGCCUUCAUAGGCUCCGUUUAAUAUUGCGAUCUUUCAAUAUGCGACCGACAUUCUCAUCAUCACCAUGGGUCUUGCUGACUUCAUUUCUUACUCUCUUAUCGGUCGCAUCAGCAUCCACUCGAUUAAUUGAAUCCAAGUCCUUGAACGCGUGUCAGGACAACUCGAGUUUCACGGCAACACUGUUCGACGUCAUCUUCACACCUGAUAAUUUAACCUUCACAUUCGACGUAGUUGGUGUUUCUUCGAUUCAAGGAAAUGUUACUUUCGAUGUUGAAGUCACGGCUUAUGGUUAUCCCAUUUUAAAUAGGGUCAUCGAUCCAUGUACUGCUGGAAUCUCUGGUCUCUGCCCAAUGAGUACCGGUCAAAUCGAUAUUAAAUCUAACCUUGUGGUCCCUCAAUCUACCGUUGAUAGUAUUCCAUCAAUCGCAUACGGAGUACCGGAUUUGGAUGCUAAUGUUAAAGUUAUUAUCAAUGGUACAGCGAACCCAGACGUUAGUCUGGCAUGUGUCGAAGCCCAAUUAUCAAACGGACAAACCGUCGAUCAAAAGGGUGUAGGAUGGGCAACUGCUGUUAUCGCUGGAUUGGCUUUGGUCGCUUCUGCUGUAACAUCUGGAUUGGGUCAUUCAAAUACUGCUGCUCAUGUAGCAUCCAACGCCUUGUCACUCUUUGGAUACUUCCAAGCCCAAGCUAUGAUCGGACUCACUGCGGUUCCUCUUCCACCUAUUGUUCAAUCGUGGACUCAAAACUUUGAUUGGACUAUGGGUAUAAUCGAGGUUGAUUUCAUGCAAAGCAUUGCAACUUGGUAUCAAAAGUCGACUGGUGGAACUCCAGCCACACUCUUGAACACUUUAACCACCACCUCCGUUCAAGUCGAGAAACGUUCUAUGGGAAAGAGAUCAGUCGAACACACCAUCAAACUUCUUACUCGAGCACACGAAAUCUUGACGAAACGAGCCGAUACCACUACAACAACUGGUUCGUAUCUCGUCAAAGGUAUUAAGAGAGUAGCAUUCCGUGCCGGUAUCGAAUCGACCAAUUUAUUCUUGACUGGUCUUGCUUUCUUCUGUAUUUUCAUUGUUUUCACCAUUUUAUUUGUUGCAUUGUUCAAGGGAUUCUGUGAACUUGCGGUUAGAAUGAAGUGGAUGAAGUCUGAUAAGUUCCUAGAUUUCCGUAAUGGAUGGUUUACUGUUCUCAAGGGUAUCAUGUUCCGCAUGGUUCUUAUCGGAUACCCUCAGAUGACUAUUUUAUGUCUUUGGGAAUUCACCCAAAAUGAUUCGCCCGCAGAGAUCGUUUUGGCCAUUUUCUUCUUCUUUGGUAUGACAGGUACUCUCGCUUGGGCAGCUAUGAAAGUUGUUCGAAUCGCCAAAAGAUCGGUUUUGAUGCACAAGAAUCCAGCUUACAUUCUCUACUCUGAUCCUUCGGCUCUCAACAAAUGGGGUUUCCUUUACGUCCAAUUCAGAGCAACGGCUUACUAUUUCAUCCUCCCCACAUUGAUUUACAUUUUGAUCAAGGGAAUGUUCAUCGCAUUUGGACAAAACGCAUCUACCGUCCAAGCUAUUGCUCUUCUUUUGAUCGAAGCAGCGGCUUUAAUUGGAGCUAGCGUCAUUCGACCAUGGAUGGACAGAAGUACCAAUUCUUUCAACAUCGCCAUUUGUGCUAUCAACUUCUUAAACACUAUUUUCCUUUUGGUUUUCACGGAUAUUUUCAAUCAACCAGGUAUCGUCACUGGUGUUAUGGGGGUUGUCUUCUUCAUCAUCAACGCAGUCUUUUCCUUGGUUCUUCUCAUUCUUGUUUUACUUGCUACGAUCUACGCCUUUGUUCGCAAGAACCCAGACAGUCGUUACUUGCCAAUGACUGACGAUCGUGCAUCAUUCAUUAAGUCAAACACUGGCUUGACUACCGAGUUGGAUGCUUUGGGAGCUACUGCUAGAGGCGAUAAAGCUGGGUACAAACACAACCUCGAUUUAGAUGAUGACAACGAUUCAUGGUCCUCGGAUUCCAUGAGAAACCCAGCAAACACGCCACUUCCACCUUCUUCAGCCGGUACAGGAGCAUAUAGAGAUACGAACCCAUCUGUUAGAGAAGCACCUAACUCACCUAUCGAUCCUUCGGUUCCUCUUUUCCCAGCAACUGGCUCGCGUGGUCCACCACCAAAUUAUCAAGAUGGACGACCAAACAGCAAUGCUCCUUUGAUGUAUGGAAAUGAUAGAUCGAACAACGCAUCGCCAGCUCCAUAUAGAGAUAACCAAUCGACAUCUAAUUUGUCGACGGGAUAUAGAUCACAAAAUAGUGGUAGUCCUGCACCAGGGGGGUUCAGACCACAGAAUCAGAACCAGAGCAAUGCUAGUCCUUGGCAACGUGGAGCAGGUUAUGAUCAUUAAUGAAGGGGCUUCAUAAAAAGGCGUUGAGAAUUGAAAUAUAUUGGCUGAUAGAUGGUAGUUGGGGGAACGUGUUUACACGUAAAACAAACACCAUCAAAGAGGAAAUCUUAUGGGGUUGGAAGGUGUUAUUUUGUAAUUCUCUUGUUCGAUUCGUUUUUUUUUUUUUUUUGCAUUAGGAUCAUAAAGUCUUAAGUGACAUAGUACUCUUUUCAAGAGUGGAUUUUCUUUAUCUUUGCUUUGCUUUUUGGUUCAGUCUUGCAAUUGGGCUUUUUCUUGUGUUGGGAAUGGGACUCGGAGGGAGGUUAUUGAAUUGGUCUGUUUCAUUUGUGCUUGUUGGAUGGUGAGGAAGAGGUGAUAUGGUGGAUGAAUGGUGAAUAUGGGAGAGAUGUCGAUAGAGGUGUGGAUUGAAGUGGUGGAUAUAUGUGAAGGGAUAGAUGGAUUUGAAGGAGGGGAUUAAGUAAAGGAAUAGAGCGGAGGCUGGGGAGGAGGUGAGAGAGAAGAGGGGGGGGAUAGGUGGGUGAAUGAAUAGGUGAUGAGUGGAUUCGAGAUAGGAGGGAGAAGAAACAAACUUGUAUAAAAGAAUCAAAUACACAAUACACACACAAUUACAA